GACACGUAGAAAUCCGUCAUCGAAUUAAUAAGGGAACCCUGGCUCACAUAUGAUGUCCGCCAGAAGUAGUAAUACUCACCAACAUCGUCCACGACGACAUUCACCACAAUCACACUUAAUCUUCUAAACCCCUCACACUAUGCCACGAAGUGUUCGCCGGUACGGCGACCUCGUCACAGCAGAUGGGAAACCUAUUACGGAUAAUCUCCGGGUGUUCAAGAAGGAAUUCCAGGUCGUUGACAAACCAGCUGUCACUGACCACAAUAUCCAUGAUGAUUAUAUUCGGGAUCCUCCACACAACCAAGGGACAUUGUCGAUCGAGGCUAUAGAACAGGAGCAUGAGGAGGAGCAGCGGCUGGCUCACCUGGCUCAGAAAGGUCGGAAGGGAAAGCGAAGGAUGUCGGUCUGAGGCACAUCUCACGUCUGUAUCAAUAGCAUAGAGUUCAAAGGAACUCAUCUUAUCUCUAUCAUCCCCUGCUCACUGUGCGGGAAUCUCCAUCUGCAGGGUGGCACACAUAACCACGAGAGCUCCUGUGAACAUUCGCCACAAUCAUGCUUCUAUUCUCCUCCUUCCCACCUUCCAACUUCCACCUCUCCGGGUCCUUCAUCUUCCAUCCCAACUUCAUCUUCGCCUGCGCAACGUACCCCACCUCGCUUGUACUCCUCGAUAUCCUAUCCAGGCGUUUCUCCUCCUCUGACAUCAGACAGAGAACGUGGGCGGGGGGACCUCGUCGUGCACGUCGGAUAGUACGUUUGAGGACUUCACCUCGUCGUUCUCGUGUAUAUUCACGCAACUUGUUCACGUUCUUCUCCCGACGCGCUUGUUUGAUCUGCUCGAGCAUGGUGGGAGGGUAAGGGAGCUUCCUUCUCUUGUCAUCAUCAACGAAGUACUUCUGAAUAGUGUCCAGACGUUCUUGUAUAUGCCCCACUGUAUAUCACUGCUGCAUCAGGACUCUCUCAUAGUUGACCUGAGAAAAUAAACGUACUCCAAUCCUGAUGUCCAAACACGCGCUCAAAGCCUUUUUCUCCCCUAUUCUUUACCUCCUCAGCCAACAUAAGUUCGAAUUUAUUCUCUCUUUGCAGGUCAUCUCGCCAGUCCCAUAACAACUCCCUAAGCGAGAACCUCCGCAUUCGCGCCUUCUUUCGC